AUAUAUAUCUAUAGUAAGAGAAUUAAGAAAGGAAAAUAAUAAAAAGGAAGAAAAGAAAGAAAUAAAAAAUAAAUCAAGUUUUGUUCGUUCCCGUGUCGUCCGGCAGAGUGGAGAGAAAAAAGCUUCGAGCACGAAUAAUGUCGACGGGCAAGAGACUGGCGAAGCGCAGUAUAAUAGGUACGAGGGUGUGCGCGCCCGGCGAGGACGGUAAAUAUUAUAGCGGUGUAAUACACGCCGUAAAGACGCCGGCGUCGUCGGCGUCCGAGUCUGGUUUGAGUAUAACACCUAAGACACGGUACUCCGUAAGAUUUGACACGGUGCCCGGUGGCAGACCACCGAGUCCAAGUACCGAAUAUUCCGACCGUGACCUCAUAGGACCCGGAUUUGGUUCCGUCACAGGCGCACGCCUCGUACCAGGUCAGAAGGUUUACCUAACCUACAACGGUAGGGAGAUACAAGCGGAGGUCACUCAGCAUCGUGAACAUCUUGACGAAGUUGACGUCGUCAUUGCACCGAACGGACAGGAGGGUACGAUGAGCCUGACAAAACGCAUAGAAGAAGUCAGAUUACUUGAGUCACGCAAGAGUGCUCGGUUAGCUGAUCAGGACACUGAUUUUGCUAGGCUCGCAGAUAUGGCCGGCGAUCGAAAACGUGCCUCGUCUCAUUCCAUCGACGUACCGCACGUGAUCGGUUACUGUCAAGCUUCUUCUUCUUCUUCUUCUUCUUCUCGCUUCUUCUUCUUCUCCUCCUCCUCUCUACAAAAUGAUAUAAAAUCCAAACGAACGUCUAGAAAACGGCGGCCAAGCUCGAGCAAUGAUUCCGAGCGAUCUUACAGUGGAUGGAGCGAAAGGAUACCUCACGGCUGCGGUCGUGAGGGUUGUCGCACCAACGAACGCGGUGAUUGCAUGGACGAAUGCACCGCCGCAUUGGUUCUCAUGUCGCUUUCAUGCUCGCCCCAUAGUCCUCACAACCCCCUGCCACUUCACUGCCAACACAAUUACGGUUCCUGGGGUAGUCGAGGAGGAGGCGGGGGUGGUGUAGUAGUAGGUUCACCAGGAGUCGGUGGUACCUCGAAUAGUAGUAGCAGCAGCAGUGGUGCUUCCUGGCGAAGUGGCACCCCUAGUCCACCCCUAAGCGACGAGGGUGCACCAACGACUGGUUCGUUGUGGCCAACACCGGCACACGUUUCGCACAUCAAUCAAGCUCAUUAUCCUUGCAACCUUUCGGGUUCAUCAUCGAGCAGUACGCCAGGUUCGACGAUCACUAUGGACGAGGGUAUAGUGCCGGAUUAUCUUGAAGAACAGCAUCCACGUAAAAAGAAGAUCCGAGCGAAAGCCGACCGAGAUCCGAUCGAAAGUGAACCAGGUUCCUGUGCGACCUUCGAGAGUGAACAGGCGAACGCCGCAGUAGUCUUCAAAUGUACAUGGAAGGGUUGUCUCGAAAUCAAGGCUACAGUACCUCUGAUAGAGGAACACGUGCGCCAGACUCAUCUUGGUCCAAAGAAAUCGAAAGUCUAUGAGAACGAGGACGAUGACGAUAUAUCGGAUCACGAGGAGGAAUUUUAUUAUCAGGAAGUUGCAGUGGAUCAUAUGAGUUCGCCGCCUACAAUGUCCCACCGAGACAUGGCCAGGCCACCUCACGAAGAUCCGGAAUAUCAGAAACAGCUUCGCUUAGAGGCAGUGCCGGUUAAUACGGGCAAUACGGAAAGCAACAGUGCAACGGCGAUGCCGUGCGUGAAGGAACGAAACAAUGCAUUCACGAUCCUACAGUCGCCUGGAACGCCGAUCAAGCACAUAAAGUUGUCGCCACGUCCGUUCCAAGCCUAUCAUCAACAGAGUAUGGGCCUUUUGACGGUGUCCACGGGAAAGAUACCAUCCUCGCCGCGUAGGAUUCGCGGUGAAACAAAAAAAUGUCGCAAGGUAUACGGAAUGGAGCACCGUGAUCUUUGGUGUACCCAAUGCAAAUGGAAGAAGGCAUGUAGUCGUUUCGGCGACUAGGCCAAAAAGCCGCCCCGUUCUAACGUCCGCGGGCGGAGAUCAUCGCCGAGCCGACCCCAGAAUAUUAUUAAUACGAUGCCAGUGCCAGCAAGACGUCGAUUGUCCUCGUCGUAUCAUCGUCGACCAGAACAAGUAACUCCGCCGCCAUCAUUACUGUCAUCGGUAUUAUCAUCAACGACAUCGCCAUCGACACUACCAACGACUGCCAACGAUGAUAAUCGAAUCGAGAGAAACGAGCGUCGAAGAGAAACGAGAUCCUCGUUAUAUCGGCACGAUCACUAAAGAACGCGGUUCUUUAGCAAAGAUAUAUAUAUAUAUAUAUAUACACAUACAUAUAUAUAUAUAAAGAUAUAUAUAUAUACACAUACAUAUAUAUAUAAAGAUAUAUAUAUAUAUAUAUAUAUAUACCCUCUUUAUCGUCCACCAUCUUUUAAACGAUGGCUAAAGCGUGUAUAACCACCUCGACGGAUUCCUUCCGAACGAUCGUCCAUCCGUAAGACGCGUUCCUUCUUUUUCUUCUUCUUCUUCUUCAUCAUCUUCUUAUUUUUAUUCUUAUUCUUAUUCUUAUUCUUAUUCUUCUUUGAUCGUCUUGUCCUUGUCCACUUUUUGAUCUCCUUCGUCUUGUUAAUUUUCCUAUUACUCUUCUUUCUCUUUUCUUUUUUCUCCAUUCUAUUCUUCUUCUUAUUCUUCCUAAAAUAAUUUCUUUUUUUCUCAAUGACGAGAGUUUCUCGACGGCCAGAAAUCUCUUCCAAAAGAGAAACGUCUAUCCCAUGACGGAUGGCGGACGGGGUUAUAUAAAGGGCCGAUCUUCGUGCGUUCUCGCGAGCUCCUCGUUUCGGGCACAUAGCACAACACACAUAUGGCGAACUGUAAAAGUGAGGAGGAGGAGGAGUUGGAGGGGGGAGGAGAGAUUAUAAGAGACAGAAAAGUAGGAGUGAGACACAGGGGUGCCUUCGCCUUAACGAAGGAAUCUUAAUUAAUUAAUAGAUAGGGAAUAAUUGGUGCGAGCGAGCGUCCGCGCGCGCGCGCGCUCGCGCGAGAGGCAUAUAAACGACCGAUACGCGCUCUCCGCAAUUAUACAUUAUAUGUGUAUAUAUGGAUGGAUGUAUGUAUACAUGUAUGUAUGUAUGUAUGUAUGUGUGUAUGUAUGUGUGUAUGUAUGUAUGUAUGUAUGUAUGUAUGUAUGUAUGUAUGUAUGUAUGUAUGUAUGUAAGUAUGUAUGUAUGUAUGUAUGUAUGUAUGUAUGAAUGUAUGUAUGUAUGUAUGCAUGUAUGUAAGUCUCGUUGUGUAUUUCAGUUAAGCUAAACGGAGAGCGCGUUAAUGCGGCCUCGAUCAUAUGCGUUCGCUGUUCAAUAGGUAACAACUGAUUUAUUCGAUUCGGCAAGCAAGCGUUCGCCGAAAUCGAAUAAUCUUCGUCGAUCGUCGAUCGUCAAUCGUAAAAAGCGAACGAUCUUUAAGCCAAUCGAAUAUACCCAAGCGUUAAAAAAAGAAAAAAAAAAGAAAUUUCUUUUCCAUUGUAGACUUCUCGAGGUAUACACGCACGUAUUAAUAUAUAUAUAUAUAUAUAUAUAUAUAUAUAUAUAUAUCACAGAACAGAGAUCUCUACCUUACCGACGACUUCGUCGUCGACGUAAAAUCACCGUUUUCAUUUUAUAAUAAUAUCUCUUUGGAAUAUCGAUCCUACUUGAAAUCGCGUUAGAUAAGCUCCAAUCGACGAGAAAAAAAAAAGAAGAUAUCGAAAUAAUGUUCUGUUCUUUGACGAAUAAUGCGUGUCUGUAUAUAUAUAUAUAUAUAUAUGCAUACACACAUAAAUACAAGCGUGUUAUCUUCGAAGGAAAACAUCGAAGACAGACGACAGUGGCAAAUCGGUAUUUCGACAGGCGUAUUUCGUCGCGUCGAUCGAGCCUACGGAAAUCUACCUCGACGUUUAUCUUAACGUUCGCUGAUCGAAAUCGUAAUAAUAGCGUUUUACGACUUACCUGUAUAUGUAUGUAUGCGCGCGUAAAGAAAAUGUCUAUGUAUUUCGAAUGAAAAUAAUAUAUAUACAAUAUGUCGAAGCGAUUUGCUUUGCGUUCGCUGUCUCUGAGGCGCUAUGCCAUACGAGGUAUAUACGUAAUAUAUUACUAACUCCGUUAUCUUUUUCUCUGCGAAAUACAAAAAAUAUAAUAUGUAUAUACAUACAUAUAUAUAUAUAUAUAUGUGUAUGUAUAUAUGUAUAUGUAUGUAAAGACUCAUAUUAUCUUACAACCUCGACGUGUAGUCGGUUCGAUGAAUUUUAUUGAUUCGAUAAAAUAAGACAAAUCGAGAGGAAAGACAAAGAAAGAGGAAAGGAACGAAAAUAAUAGAUAAAGAAAAAAAAAAAAGAAAAAAAAAUAGAAGGAAGAAAAAACAGAAAAAAGAAACGACAACAAAUAUUUUCAAUUCCUCCAUCUAAUUUUUCGUUAUAUCUAUGUACGUCAUUUAUUUUUUGGCUUCAAUCGUUUCUACGAUCGACGAUCGAUAGUAGCAUAAUAUACAUAUGUAUCUCACUCUCUCUCUCCCUCUCUCCCUCUCUUUUCAAAUUAGAGAGAGAGAGAGAGAGAGAGAGAGAGAGAGAGAAAGAGAGAGAGAGAGAGAAAGAGAGAUGAGAAAGCCGUAUGUCCGAACCAUCUUUUCUUAGCUCAUUGUUAAACACAUAGACUAACACACACACACACACACACAGUCAUACAACACACAUAUAUAUAUAUAUAUUCGUAUACAUACGUACACACUUAAACAAACGUUCUUCUUCCGGCAUAUAGAGAACGCUAAGAGUUACAUACUGUACUCUUAUCGUUUUUGCUAAAGAUAAAGAAAAUAAAGAAAGGAUAGACGAAAAUCUAAACUAAGAUUUAAAAAAAAAAAAUUAUUAUACGAAACAUAAUCUCUACACGUAUUAACGUUUAUACAAUUACACAUUUACAUUUUACACUUACGCGGACACUUACACGAACACGGAUACAUAAGAUAUAAAGGAGAAUUAACAGAUGUAUUAGCGAAUUAAUGCGUAACGCAAAAAUAUAUACGCAUAUAUACGUACUAUACAUAUACAUGGUAUACAAGACACGUUUCGUCGACUUUUAACGGCGACAUAUUAAAAAAAUUAAGGAAAAGAAAAAAAAAAUAAAAAGAAAAAAAAAGAAGAAGAAGGAAUACGAAAAGGGAGAAAUGAUUAAGGAAAAGUAACACGAAUGGAAGAACCGUAAAUGUUUUACGACAUAUACAAUUUGCAGUUUUAUUUGCAAACAAAUAUAUAUAUAUAUAUAUACAUAUAUAUAUGUAUAUAUUUAAAUAUAAGUAAUUAAUCGUUUUAUAUAAAAACAAUAAAAAGUAAAGGUAAAAGUAAAAGUAAAAGUAAAAUAAAACAAAAGUAUAUAAAAGCAAGAAUGUGCGAGGAGAGAUGCGAGCGCGCGGCCGCUUGAUAUAUAAUGUAUAAAAUAAGAGAGUAAAGAAAAGAAAAAAAAAAAAAAAAAAGAAAAAAAAAACAAAUAUAUUAUAUAUAUUAUAUAUAUAUAUAUAUAUAAAGGUACAUAUGUAUAUGUAUAUUAUUAGGAAAAAUUACGUGCGUCUUUCGUUGUAUUUGCAAUUUUUGAAAAUUCCACGACUCGAAGGAUUUUCGAAGGAUUGCGAGUGAAAGACCAGAAAAGAGAGUGAUAGAGAGAGAGAGAGAGAAGACGAGAAUUCGAAUCGAGAUCGAAUCGAGCCGAUCGACGAUGUUCUUCUUGCUGGGAUCAUACGAUCAUACAUGGCGGCCCUACGAAAUUAAAAAUUAAAAAGGGAAAGAAAACGAAAUAAAUAAAAGGAAAAGAAAGAAAGAAGAGAUAGAGAAAGAGAGAGAAAGGGGGGGGGAAAGAAAAUAACGAUUAUAUGACGUUUGAGAAAACCGAUUGUGAUAUUUUAGUGUGAAUAUUAAAAAACGACGAAGUAAACGAAACAAAAAUAAAUAAAUAAAAAAAAAAAAAAAGAAACACAAAGAAAAAAAAA